GUAAAUUCUUCAAAUGACACCUGUAUGAAGUGUUGUUCUGCCAUUUUGUGCAAAGUUUCACAUUUAAAAGUAUUAUGUUUAUUAUAUAGCAUUUUCCAUUUUGAUGUAAUUAUAUUGGCUCCACUUUGGCGCCGAGGUACUGUAAGGGGAAAAAAACGGAGUAAAAAAGUGCUGUAUCUGUGCUCAAAGAAGAUGGUAUCUUCAUCAAAUGUAGAUGGUAUCGGUGCUCAUUGAAAGGCAGAUUGGGCCCGAUUGAAAAAGGAGGUGUGACCGAACCCCUUUCAAAACCCCCCAAAAAAACUGCCGGGGGGCUCCACCUGGCCCCUUGUCCAUAAAUACGCCUCCCUCGCCGGAAUAGGAGUUCAGUCGAGUCGGGAACGCGUCGACGGUGGUUGUUUUUGUUUUGUGCGGAUUAUGAACGCGUUCGGAGCGCAGCAAACCUCCAGCCAGCAGAGUAACAGCAGCUCAAACCCCGCGCACGAUCUCCUGGACAUGGCCGUGUAUUGUGACAACUACGGCGUUUACCAGCACCAGAACCUCCACCACCUCCACCACCCCCAAAGAGCUGCCAACCACCCCUCCGGCUACGGCUUGAGUGACUACGCCGCCCCGCCCACCAAUCCUUACCUGUGGCUCAACAACUCCCCCGCUUCGCCCUACCUGGGCGGCGGCGGAGGCGCUGCUGCAGCUUCCACUUACUUGCAAUCCCCAGGUUACGGUUCUGGGAGCCAGCGGCAGCUUUUGGGGGCGCCCGGCGGACUUGGAGGCCCCGACAUGAGCUGGUUAUCCAUCUCCAGCCAGCAGGAGCUCUUUAAGAUGGUCCGGCCUCCGUACUCGUACUCCGCGUUGAUCGCCAUGGCCAUCCAGAACGCGCAAGACAAGAAACUGACCCUGAGUCAGAUUUACCAAUACGUCGCCGAAAACUUUCCGUUUUACAAGAAGAGCAAAGCCGGCUGGCAGAACUCGAUCCGGCACAAUUUGUCUCUUAACGACUGUUUCAAGAAGGUGGCUCGGGAUGAGGACGACCCCGGCAAGGGCAACUACUGGACGCUGGACCCCAAUUGCGAAAAAAUGUUCGACAACGGCAACUUUCGACGCAAGCGCAAGAGGCGAACCGACAUCAGCACCCCUGCUGAAAAGCCCGAUUUAGACGCGCAGCACAAGCUGUCGGACACGGCCAGCCUGCUGAGCUCGUCCCCGCCCAGUCUGCGCGCUUCGCCGGCCUCCACGGAGCCGCGCUCGUCGCCGUCCAACUCGACCGAUCACAGUCCGUGCUUCGCCGGAUUCAUGUCCAGCGUCAACGCGAUGUUGACUACCGGAGCCGAGGCCUCCACGAGGAUACCGGAUCGGGACUUGGGCACGGAGCUGUCCCAAGGCCGCGAGGGCGUGUCCGGACUUGGCUCCUACUCGCCCUCCUUGCUGUCUGACAGCAGAAUGAACUACUACAACCUCAGCAAUCACUUCACAGUCAACAACCUCAUAUACGGCCGGGAAGGAACCGAAGUUUAAUGUGGAUUCACCUAAAAAGAUGACUAAUUUAUCUCAUUUAAAGUAGCCACUUGUAUUUUUGUGUUUUGCUUGUAUCAUAAAAAAAAAUCCACAAUGGUGUUGCAAUAUCACAUCUUCGGAUUUAAACACUUGUACACAUUAUUUUUGUAAGUAUCAUGUAUUUUGUUUUAUUUAAACUCAUUGCCUUUUGAAUAAAAGCCUUUUUUUUUUACAUGUGCUUCCCAUUUGUAAUUAUU